UAAAUCAGUCUUACUUGUACUUUUUGUCUAGAAUACAUUUACGUAAUUUAUUUUAUUUUAAUUAAUUAAUCAUGGAGAUUUCACUUGUGGUGUUGUUUUUUUUAUUUUAUACAGUUUACGGUGAGUACAAUCAAAUAGAUACUAUAAAUUCAAGAAAAUGUACUGAGCUCUGUAAUUAUUGCGGUGGAACUGGAUCUUAUGUAGACAAUUCAUGUGAAUGCUACAUCGAAAAUGAUAAUGAUCAAGAAGGAGAAUGUUUCGAUCGAAUGAAAAGAAAAGCCCAUUUAUUGAAUUUCGAUUUGAUAAAUUGUAAACGAGGAUUACCCGACCGUCCAUCUAGAUGCAGAGAUCAGAAUUCUCGGCGUAUUGGCUCUUACGACAUGUGUCGCAUAGCCCAAUACUUUUUGAGUGGAGGUCCUGCAAAACGGAUACCGAUUGUAAAAUCUAAAUGCGAUCCAACAACAACAACAUCAACGUCAACAGAGCCGACGGUUGAAACAAAAAUAAUUGAUGAGCUGGAGUGCGAUGAGGUAGACGAUGACUGUAAUCUGGUAACGGAGCCGCCAAUAGAAGACCCUUGUGAGAAGUACAAACUAACUCCUCGGCCUCCUGAGUACCUAGAACCACGUUACGAUUAUCCAAAGCCCUUGCACCACAGCUACAUUCCGAACUACCAUACCAAACAGCCAUUACGCGGCUCAACACCACCAUCUUAUACUUCGUUUCACAAUCGUCUAUACCAAGGCAAUAAUCAGCUUUAUUCACCUCAGUAUUCUUCUUUUGGAACUAAUCUACAACAAACUACUUCACCUUAUGACGCGAUGAGUGCUAAAUACAUGGAAGAAAUGAUGGGCAGAAAUUACUACAAUUCAAUGAUGGAAAAUCAACCCUACAGAAAUAAAAUCAAUGGAUACAAUUACAAUACAUUUUCGACAAACGGAUAUUUAAACGCAAUGAUUCCAUUUAAUAACAAUAACUAUAUGCAGUCAUUAUACGCGAGUACAAAUAGUAAUAAUAAUUACAAUAAUAACAAUAAUUAUCAACUCGACAGUACUUACUUGCAAUCAAUGUCGAUGAAUGAUUUAUUGGAGCUGGAAAGAUAUCUGACAAACCAGAAUCUUAUGAUGCAGCCUCUGCUACAAAGACUUCAACUUCAAAGCAACUCCCAGAGUGUCAGUAAUUAUUCCCCGUUCAAUGACAUGGUUGGGGCGGCAAAUCCCUCUUCGACUGACAAUUCCCGGAAUCAAGAAAAUACCACUCCAAUAGCAUUAACUUCACUUGGAUCGUCUAAUGAUGAAACUGUAGUGUCAUCGACUCAGAAAAAUGAUAAUCCUAUGCCUGUAGUGAUAGUUGAAGAAACUGUAACGGGUCAGGUGGGUGGUGAGCAAAAUUCUGACAGUACCGAAAGGUCAAGAAGGGUUAUACGACCGUUGUAUAACCGCAGAAUUAUCAAACGAGGCUCUAAAUUGUAAUAUCAUUUUACUUUUUCAUUAUUUAUUAUUUAUAUUUAUUAAAUAUAACAUAUUUAUUCAUUUAUUAAUUAUCAGAGUUUAUUUUUAUCAAAAAAAGCGCGAACUGGCGAGAGGAUGAGUAGCCGUUAAAUUUAUACGAACUCGAAUUCACGACUCUAGCGGGUAAAAGGCGAACUAACAUUUGAAAAAUUUUGGCGCGUAAAAUUUAAACGAGUUUCAGCGCUUAAAUUUUUG